AUGAAACCCGUCAAAGCCCCGACACUUAACUCUCGACUUCGCUUCUCGACCCUCGCUCUUUUCUUCUUUUGCAGUUAUACACACGCAGUGCCCUCCGCCCACGAGCCUCGCAACAACAAUCCCCUCAACAUCCAGUGGGGUCCUGCACCAUCGCCCGAGGACGGUCCGCCCGCAUCUGCAAACGCUUUGAGAGAUCCCGCCUACCUGCCAUAUCAGAUAGGCGCCAUCGUCGGUUCUUACGGCGUGUCAUUGGUGCUGGUCGCCGUUUUGCUGCUCGUACUGUCCAAGAGACGUCGCGAGGCCCUCUCCGCUGGCGACAACGAGGUCGACUUUGACGAACCAAAGGCGUCACCCAGGCCGCUGAGACUUAUCUUGGAGGUGCCAAACUCGCCCAGAAGCAUCCCGCGGAGCCCCGUCCGCAACUUUUCGUACCCGCCCCCGGAGGACUACCAGACCCCGGAAAUCCCGUCUCCCCAGACGCCGUACGUGGCCCCGACGCCCACGUCAACACUGCACGCACCUGGAAUCGACGCUUCCGUGGACCAGAGGAUCGUCGCAAAAGACAAGAAGAUGGCGCAGACACAGCUCGAGGAGAUGUACAAGUACGUGAUGGAGCAGGAGGAGGCCAAGGCGCAGGGCAUCAUACUGCAGGGCUCGCCGGUCCUCGCGAGCAACUCGCAGUUCCCGCCGCCAAACAGUGCCAACUUUGGCAAGCCGACGCUCAAGAAGGAGAAGCACAAGCCGGCCAACCUCAACCUCGGCGCGGAGCCCAAGCCGGAGAAGAAGUCCCGCGCGUCGUCCAUCUUCUCGGCCCUGCGCUCCCCCAAGAAGGACAAGCACGUCAAGGGCAUCAGCAUCUCGUCCCCGAUCAUGACGCCCAUGACGGGAAGUUUCCCGAGGCAGGAGUCCCAGGAGAUGAGCGCCAUCCCGCCGCGGCAAUACGCGCCGCCGCCGCCUCCGCCGGUACCCACCAACCAGGUCCCGUACGGGGUGCACCAGGAGAACGGGCAGGUGUCGCCCAUCACCCCGGACCACUCGCCGGAGAGCACGCAGAGCAUUGACGAGCGGAUCGGAGGACAGCUCCCGAUUGGCCACGCCCGCAAGAUCUCCGCGGCGCCGUCACACGCGUCGCAUGCCACCUCUGAUAUGGAUCCCAACUCGGCCACAACAGAGAGGUCAACGGCCCCGCUCAUCGGCCUGCCGCAGUCCCCGAAGCCGGGUGCGCGCUUCCCCACCUUGCCCGCCUCCCCCAAACCCGGCGCCACGUUCCCCUCGUCUCCUCAGCCUGGGGCCACAUUCCGGUCCAAGGCUCCGUCGGCUGUCCGCACUGGCGGCGCCCUGCCCCUGCGUGCAUACGAGCCGGCCCUCAGCUCGCCAUCCAUGGCAUCGCAGACCACCAAGCAGACCGUGUUCACACGCACGGGACCACUGUCGCCGUCGGGAGCCCGCACGCCGGCGACAGGCAUGGCUGUGCCGUACUCGCCGUACCAGCCGUUCACGCCCAUCGUGCCAAUGACCCCGUCGCUGGUGACCAAGGCGGACCGCAAGCGGAUGAAGAAGCUCGAGCCCAAGACGCCGACGUUGGAGAUGGUCAAGAGCGAGGACGACAUUUGGUGA